GGCCGCUGCCAUUUGUUUUUUUCCUUGUAUCGAUUGUUCAUCGUCGCAAAUUUUACAAAUCGCGAUCAAGGCACCGCAUUGAUAUUCCAAAAACGAAAAUUGGGACACACUGUUGUCCGUUUUGAGUUGUAUAUCAAGAAGGGGCAAUGGUGGAGUCGACUAUAUGUAUCUAACGCGGAAAAUACAAUUAUAGUUCAAUCGCAAGUUUCAAUCAGCACACGUCGAAGUGUCCAACCAAAAUACGCCACCAAAAUGUUCACCAAAUUGAUCUGCGUCGCUGCGUUGGCGAUCUCGUGCGUUUGUGCGAAGCCAGGAGUUGCCCCAGUUGCCUAUUCCGCUCCUCUUCUGGCUGCCGCUGGACCAUCCGUUCUGACCGCACAGAGUGCCCAGAUUGUGGGUCGUAACUACAAUGGAAUUGCCCGGCUGGCAUAUGCAGCUGCUCCGUUGGCAUAUUCUGCUCCCGUUGCAGCCAGACUUGCUGCUUCGCCCUUAGCUCUCGCUGCUGCAGGAUAUGCAGCUCCCGCUGCUGCUGCCUUGGCAUACACAGCCCCAGGCAUAGCUGCCGCUGGUCCUUUGGCAUACAGUGCUCCCGCGCUGGCCGCCUAUUCUCCGCUUGCGUAUAAUGCUGCUGCUCUGCGGGCUCCGCUGGCCGCGUAUAGUCCAUAUCUGUUGUAAGUGACUUUAGCUGGUGAAACAUCGUUAGUGUAGUGACGGUUUAAAUAUUUCAAACUUGUGAUAUUGUUAUUGCUAAUAAUACAAACUUUUUUGAAAAAAUUAA